AUGUUUUCACAAUUAAACAUUAAUAAAAAGUCUCUUUUAUUUCCAUUCAAGAGAUACCUAAGAGCAAAUAACUAUAACAAAAUUAAUAGAUUAAAAGUGUCUGAUGAAGUUCGGGAAGCUAUUUAUUCUAAAAAACCAGUUGUUUCUUUGGAAUCAACAAUUAUUACACAUGGACUACCCUUCCCUGAAAAUUUAGAAAUGGCUUUAAGUGUGGAGAAUUUAAUAAGAAGUAACGGAUGUGUCCCAGCCACCACUGCAUUUAUAAAAGGUGACGCCAUUGUGGGUUGUUCAAAAAAUGAAAUUGAAUUUUUGGCCAACUCAAUACCAAAUGUAAACAAAUGUUCCAGAAGAGAUAUUCCAGUAACAAUGGCACAAAAUUUAAAUGGUGGGACUACAAUCUCGGGUACAAUGAUUCUAUCCAAUUUAGCUGGCAUCAGAGUUUUCGCUACUGGUGGAUUAGGUGGUGUUCACAAGGGAGGCGAACUUACAAUGGAUAUUAGUGCUGAUUUAGAAGAAUUGGGUAGAACACCAGUUUCUGUUGUUUGUGCUGGUCCUAAGGCGAUAUUAGAUAUACCAAGAACAAUGGAAUAUUUAGAAACAAAAGGAUGCACUGUAGCCACAAUGUGUUCGCCAAACAUUCCUGGAUUUUAUACCACUGACUCUGGUGUUAAAUCCCCGUAUGUUGUUAACAAUGAAUUAGAAGCUGCUAAAAUUAUCAAAAGUGGGAUUGAUUUGAAUUUAAAGCAAGGUUAUUUAUUUUGUGUGCCACCACCCUCUGAUAUUGCGUUGGACGAUGAGUAUAUUAAAGGGGUAAUUGAGGAAGCUGAGAUUAAAGCUGUUGAAUUAAAUAUACGUGGCAAAGAAUUAACCCCGUUUUUAUUGAGCGAAAUUGCCAAAGCUACUGAUGGCUUAUCUGUUAGAUGUAAUGUUGGGUUUGUGAAGAACAAUUGUGGUGUGGCUUGUAAUAUAUCAAAAGAGUUAUCAAAUUUAGAAUCAAAAUCCACAUACUUUCAACCUAUAAUCAAAAAGAACAUUACCAAUAAUAUAGUUAUUAAAAGUACACCACGGCCUUCUUCUUUGGUUAUUGGAUCUGUUGCUAUAGAUACAUAUUGUAAAAUGAAUGCAGAGGGGGGAAAUUUGAAAGAUUCUAAUCCUGGUGCUAUUACGAAUAGUAUCGGCGGGGUUGCUUAUAACAUUACCUUAGCUUCUACAUUAGCUUGCAACAGGUCUUCCACUACAAGCACGCGUCUGGUAGCUUGUGUUGGGAAUGAUCUUUCUGGUAAAACUGUUUUACACGAUCUCUCCCAAAAAGGGAUUGAUACAAAAGGUUUAAAAAUAGAUGAUUCUUCAUCCAAUAAUACUGCGCAAUAUGUGUCUUUCCAUGAUAAGGGGGGUGAAUUAAUAAUUGCGUGUGCUGAUAUGAAAAUUGCUACGCAAAUACCAAUUGCUCAUAUAGAAUCACAAAUAUUGGAAACAAUGCCUAAAGUCGUUGUUACUGAUGCCAAUAUUUCUACAACCACUUUAUCUGGAAUUAUUGCGUUAUCAAAAAAAAACAAAGAAAUUGGUAAACCAAACUUCAAGCUAAUAUUUGAACCAACAUCAAUGGAAAAGGCCAAAAAAUUAGCAUGUUUACCUAAUAUAAAUGUCUAUCCAGAUAAUGAUUUUUAUUUAAUUACUCCCACUGUAGACGAGUUAAAAUCUAUAUACAAUGCGUUUGACAUGAACGAUAAAUUCGAUGUCUAUAAAUGGUUUCCGAUUUUAGAUUCUUUGGAAAUUGAUAGCGUUCUCAAAAGAACACCAUCGCACAUUUUAAAUCACAGAAUAUUUCAAAAAUUACGUAAAAGUGGUAUUUUUCAAAUGGGUGUUAAUUUGUUACCUUUUUUCCCCAGAAUUGUGGUUAAAGAUGGAGAACAUGGUAUAUAUGUUUUUUCCAUUAUUAAAAAUACCGAUGGUGAAUCCAAAGCAGAUUUUAGCAUUAAAUUUAAUGGUGGUGCAUUAAUAGAAUAUUACGAUAUUCCGAAGGAUAAUAAAAAUCCAAUUCAAGUUAAAAAUGUUACUGGUGCAGGUGAUACUUUUUUAGGUGUUUUAUUGAAUGAAAUAGUGAGCAAAAGCCAAUAUAUGAAUACAGACAUUUUUGAAGAUCCAAUACAAAGAAAAGACAGCCUAAUGAAGGCACAGAAGGGUGCAAUACUAAGUAUAGAAUAUGAGGGGACCAUAAGUGAAAAACUAAAAUUAAUAAAAUGA